AUGGAUAAUCAACAAUCUCGAAAGACUGAAGCUUUUAAUUUAUCAUUACAAGGUACUUCAAUUCAACCAGGAAGUUCACCUUUACGUCCAUUAAGCGCAAGAACGAAUUCUCAAUCGAAACAACCGCUAACACCUUCAAGAGGAGGUAGUGCAAAAGAACGUAAAGCAAGUAUGAGUACAAGUAUCAAUUUAAGUAGUGCUAGAGAAAGACGACUGAGUAAUAGUAGUCAACGAUCUCUUGUAACUAAAUCACCACCACCAUCACCUGUUGAUAAAAAAUCAAUACCAUCAUCAACAUCCUCGAGUGUUUUUCGUGUUUUAAGUCCACGUCAUCAGCAUCAUGAUGCUGAUGGAUUCUUUACUUAUCAAAGUCAACAGAAAUCUUUUCAAGAAAAAUCUGUUGAUGAUAAUGAAUGGGAUGAAACACGUCGUUGGGCUGAUGAACUUCAUCAGUUAAAUUCACCAUUUACUCCCGAACAACAAACUCAAGGUGUAGGACCACUAGGCAUGUCACGAGAUAGUCUUAAUGGAACUGUAACAGGCACUAAUCUAUUUCAAACAAUUGCUCAGCAACAAGAACAACCUUUACCAGCUCUAGAAUCGGUUGAUAUUGAACAAUUGACAUUAACAGAAAUUGAAUUAGAUGCUGCGAAAUCUCCAAUAAUUAUUCAACAAUCAUAUCGACAAACUCAUAUAGAAUUUGAACAAGAAAAACCUUUCGAAAACGAACAAAUACGAAUACCAUCAGCUAGAGAAACUUCCCAACAAGAGAAUAAUAUUCAUCAUAGAUUAAAUAAUAGUCGACCAACAUCAGCUAGUAGUACAGCAAGACAAAGAAGGACACCUAUACCAUCACCAGUUCCACCAUCUUUGCAUUUUGAUGACAAAAUAAGAUCAGUUAGUUCAGUUACAACAUCUUCAUCUACAUCAACAGUAACAUCAAAAGUAACCUUGGAUGAUGUAUAUGAACAAUUAAAAAAAUUAGAAGAAAUCGAACAAUUUCCUAUACAAACUCCAUUGAAAGAUGAUACAGUUUAUCUUAUUGAUCCAAGUGCAUCCAUACCACCACCAUUUAUUGAUGAAUUACCACUUCAAACUUCAAAUCUAGAUGAAACUAAUCCAUAUGAUCAAAUUGUUGCAAGUGUUCGAUCACAAAAAUCAACUGGACGUCGUCCACCAUCGCCUAGAACAAAUCGUCUUCCAACUCCGCCUCAAUCAUCUCAACGACAACAACAACCAGUUAAAUUAAUACAAUCGGUUUCUAUUCCUCAUCAUCGAACAUCAUCAUUAAUCGAUCAACAAACAAAAAUAACAACACCAUAUAAAUCAUUGAUGAAUCCUGUUUAUCCACGGACUCCUCGAGAACAUGAACUGAGAAAUAGUACUCGAACAAUUCAUACGAGUAGAGAUAAACCAUUUCAAUCAAGAUUUGAUAAUGAAGAAAAUCAACGACAACCAUUUAUUGUUCAAUAUCAUCCAAAUCAACAACAUGAAUUAAAUGAUUAUUAUCGAAAAGAAACUGAACGAGAUUUUGAACAUCACUUGCAAGCACAAAAAGAUGAAUAUGAAACGAUUAUUCAACGUCAUUUAAAAUUUAUUGAUCAGUUAAUUGGUGAUAAAAAACGAUUAUCUGAACGAUGUGAACAUUUAAUAUCCGAAUUAAAAAUAAUCGAUAGAAAAUGUAAUGAUCGAAUUCGUGCUGUUGAAGAAUCUCAACGAAAUGAUUUACAAAAAUUAAAAGAUGUUCAUGAUGCAGCUGAGAAAUUACGACGUGAACAUUGGAUAGAAGAAAAAACAAAGAAAAUAAAAGAAUUAACUGUACGUGGUUUAGAACCUGAAAUUCAAAAAUUAAUUAGUAGACAUAAAAAUGAAUUAGCAAAAGUGAAAGUUGUUCAUGAAGCGGAAUUAUUAGCGGCUGAUGAACGUGCUUCACAACGUUAUAUUCGUAUGGUAGAAGAAUUACGUGAUCAAUUAGAACGUGAAAAAGAUGUAGCUAUUGCUCAUGAACGUGAAUUAGCAAGAGAUAAAUAUGAAAAAGUUUUACAUGAUGAAGAAAAAUUAUUAAAUGAACAAAAACGUCGACUUUAUACGGAAAUUGAAGACGAAAAAAAUCGACAAGCUGAUUCAGCAACAAAACAACGUGCUGAUCUUGACAAACUUCGACGAGAUAUAGAAGCAAAUCAUCGAAAUGUUGUUGAAACAACAAAACAUGAAUAUGAAAAGACACGUUUAGAACAAGAACGUCGUUAUACAAAUGAAAUACAAGAAUUAAAAGAAAAAUUAACAUUAGAUAGACAAAAUUGGGAAGAAAACUAUAUGAAAAAACAAGAAACUUUAUUAGCUAAUAAAGAACGUGAAUUACGCGAACAAAUGAAACAUGAAAGAGAUAGAGAAAUUGAAAAAAUUAUUUCACAAUUUGAAUCUGAUACAACAUCAACAAAAGAAGAAACAGAACGUACAGCUGAAAAUCGUGUCAAACGUAUUCGAGAUAAAUAUGAACAAGAAUUUCGUGAAUUAGAAAAUUCAGAAAAACAAACAAAAGAACGUUUUAAUCAAAUCAAAGCACAAAUGACAGAAGUUCAAGGAGAUAAUGAACGAUUACAAGUACUUCUUAAACAAAAAGAAUUAGAAAUAAAUGAUAUUAAAAAGAUUACUGAAAGUUUACAACAAGAACGUGAACGUUUAUCGGAUAUAAUUCGACAAGAAUUUGCUGAUCGACUUGUUUUAACAGAAGAUGAAAAUCGUCGAAUAAAAGGUGAAAUUGCAGAAUUACGUGCUAGACAACAAUUAGAAUUAGAAAAGAAAAAAGAUGAAUUAGAAACAUUACAACGACGACAAGAAAAAGAACUUGAAACUAUACAUGAAAAAAUUAAAGAAGCAAUUACUAAAAAAGAUGAACAAGUACAUACGUUACGUGUUCAAUACGAAACUGCAGUUAAACGAACUGAACAUCUUGAAGGAUUAUUAACACAACAGCGAAAAUUAAUAUCAACAGUACCUUCAAGUGGCAGUCAUGCUUCGAAAAAAAACUAA